GACAACUUGUCAGAAGUGGCCAAACAAUGUGCGGCCGUUUCGCCCAAAGCCUGAAACCACUGGAAGUGUUGGCAGACGUGAGUAAAGACGCCGACUGUAAACGACUGAUUGACAGUACGAUCAGUGCAUUCAAACGAUUAGAUAUAUUAGUGAAUAACGCGGGAAAGGGUGUGUUCUGUUCGAUCACUGAUACGGCUAUUCUCGACAAAUACCGGGAAGCGAUGGACACAUACCUCCGUUCAGUCGUUUAUUUAACACAUCUAUCGGUCGAACACUUGGAGAAAACUAAAGGCAAUAUUAUUAACAUAUCGAGCGUUGCGGGACUUAAACCGUGUGCGCUCGAUAUGUUCACCAAGUGUUUGGCCCUAGAAUUGGGACCCAAAGGGAUUCGCGUUAAUGCUAUCAAUCCGGGUGCCGUCCGGACUAAUUUCCUUCUAGCCAUGGGCUGUUCUAACGAGCAAAAGGAGGCCUUAUAUACUGUAAGGGCCGUCAAAUGCCCGGUCGGACGGGUCGGUGAGUCCAUAGACAUCGCGAACGCUAUACUCUUCUUGUCCUCAGACGAGGCCUCGUUUGUGACGAGCGUUAACUUUGUGUCCGACGGCGGCUAUAUUCACGCCCCCUCUUAA